AUGUUGCACGAGCUGGUAGAAGGCCUAGGCGGCAUCACUCGGCGUCUAGUCCGACACAAAUGUAUCCUGGAGCGAUUCAUCAUCCUAGGUCACGAGCCAGUCGCCGUUUCCACAAGUGCAGUACGCGCACUUGGAACGCGAGAAGAUAUCGUGGUGGAUGCCCCGCGCACGGAACGGUUCGACCACGACCAUACGCGCGACUCGGUGGCCUUCCGCCUCGCACCGCCCAUCAAUGUUGCGUCUUCGCCCAAAGUGACGGCGAGUUUGAUGUGGACGAAUUCACCAAACUCCGCUUGGAAGACACUCCCAGUAGAUGACGACGCAAGCCAUCAUCCGCGAUCCAACCAACGUUCUGAAGCAUCCUUGAACACACGCAGGGCAUCUCAACAAAACCGCAACGACGAUCCAAUCAUUACUCACGAGACAAACAGAAAACGCCUGGCAUAUGCCGUACACGGGAACAAGGGCCAACUAGGUCACGAUGAUCACGCUUGUGCAGAGUCGUCGCGGCAUAGGGCAGUUGCAGGCUUAGCAGAGAGUUCGUUCUUCUUGGGCGGGGUGGUCUUGUCAGUCGGGUUGCUGGGGAUGGCAUUGGUCGUCGUCAUCUCUCCCAGCACUUUGCGCGACUUCGAGGCGGGCGGGAUGAGCGUUGCCUUGGCGGUGGAGUCGCUCUCUGGCUUGCAUACGAUACCAGUUAUCGCGCACGCUAGUUCUGUUGCUUCCUUGGUCACAAAAGUGACCAGAAAUGUCCCGGGGGCUUGGGUCGAGGCGCUUGACGAUGUUGACAGUGUGUGCGGUCGUGGCUGCGGUCGGGGCUGCGGUCGGCUCAACAACAGAGGCUUGAUCGACCCGGAUGCGACUCUCAGUGACGCAGACAAUUUGAGCCUGCGUGAAUUAGCCCGGUUGGUCGUCUUCAGAUUGCGGACGGAUGGGCACAAUGCAGGUAAACAUAUCACGGCAAGUCUCCUCGCCGGCGCACUCUCCCAUGAGGAGGGGAAACGGGCAGCGCCAGAUGUGACUCGCGGGCGACUGGUCCCAGAGUGUAUCGUAGAGGCCGGAAUGCCACCGAUCCUCCCGACAUGGCCCUGGGAACAUAACCACAGGCAAUAUUUUGUCAUUCGGGAGUGUGUACGACGAGUUCCAGGCACGUCGGUCUACCAUCUGGCUGGCGGUGACCGAGGCGGAACCGCCGAUGCUUUGCGCCCAGGCGUCGGAAUAACGGCCCUCUUUGAAAGCCGGUGGAGGCAACAAAAAACGCCAUUUCGGGGCGAUGUUGGCAGUCCUGCUGCUACCGUUCGGGAAGUGGGUUGUUGCGUAGGUCGUCGGCGACGGCGAUGCGGUGUUCGGCUCAGAGUGCGGCGGUGGGUGGGCCUGUGGACGCCCAGAGAGCCUGUAUCGCGACCGUAUUGGGUCCAGCGGUCUGUGCAGGGACGGUGCGACCGUGUUCGAGCUGCGACACGGCGGGGUCGGCGGUGGUGGACAAGUUGA